CAGCUACCCAUAAUCCCACACGCAGUCCCACCCAUCCUCCGCAAGCGACUGCUAAGGUGGAUGAGCACCCAUGUGUGUUUCAGAAGAUGAUCAGCCCUUUCUUCGGUGGUGACUAAACUGUAUCGCUUGGAUGGAAAACUACUCCGCAAUGUACCUGGAAUAACUUCGCUGCCCGUGUUUCGCGUCCUGUUGUGUGAGAAUCUUCUGAAUCCGCGGCGAAGUGCAAGACAUUCUUAGGCCUAAUGUCAUGGGCUGUUUUGGAGGCUCGAGCUCGAAGAGCGACGCCGAAGAGGAUAAACGUCGAAAAGAAGCCAAUAAGAAAAUCGAGAAACAGAUUCAAAAGGACAAACAGAUUUAUAGAGCGACACACCGGCUGUUAUUACUAGGUGCUGGUGAAUCUGGAAAAAGUACGAUAGUGAAACAGAUGAGAAUACUCCAUGUGAAUGGUUUUAGUGAGGAAGAAAAGAAACAAAAAAUAGAAGAUAUUAAAAAGAAUAUUCGAGAUGCAAUCCUGACUAUCACAGGUGCCAUGAGCACACUGGUGCCACCAGUGCAACUGGAGAAGGCUGAGAACCAGUGGCGGGUGGACUACAUCCAGGAUGUUGCCAGCUCACCUGACUUUGAUUACCCUGCUGAAUUCUACGAACACACAGAGAUUUUGUGGAAGGAUAGGGGGGUGCAGGGGGCCUUUGAACGCUCAAAUGAGUACCAGCUUAUUGACUGUGCAAAAUAUUUCCUGGAUCGGGUGGCCACAAUAAAGCAACCAGACUAUACGCCAAAUGAGCAGGAUAUCCUCCGGUGUCGUGUCCUAACCUCAGGAAUCUUUGAGACAAAGUUUCAAGUGGACAAGGUGAACUUCCACAUGUUUGACGUUGGCGGGCAACGGGACGAGCGCCGCAAGUGGAUCCAGUGCUUCAAUGAUGUGACAGCCAUCAUCUUUGUGACGGCGUGCAGCAGCUACAACAUGGUGCUCCGUGAGGACCCCAACCAGAACCGCCUACGGGAGUCCCUCGACCUCUUCAAGAGCAUCUGGAACAACAGGUGGUUACGGACAAUAUCUGUAAUCCUGUUCCUCAACAAGCAGGAUCUGCUAGCAGAGAAAAUUAAAGCUUGCAAAUCUAGGUUAGAAGAGUAUUUCCCAGAGUUUACACAUUAUCAGACCCCUUCUGAUGAGCCGCGGUUAAAUCCAUUUCAACCCGGAACUCCACACACCGUCAUAGAGACAGGAGAGGAUCCAGAAGUCAUACGAGCAAAGUACUUCAUCAGAGACGAAUUUCUGCGCAUCAGUACGGCAAGUGGUGAUGGCAAGCAUUACUGCUACCCUCACUUCACCUGUGCCGUGGACACAGAAAACAUCCGCCGCGUUUUCAACGACUGCCGAGACAUCAUUCAGAGGAUGCACCUGCGCCAGUAUGAGCUGUUGUGAUGUGCGCCUUACCCCUCCCCUCCUCCACACCAUCUCUUUUCCCUCUUCCAUGUGCAUGGUUCAUGUUUGCUUUUCCUUCCCCUUUAUUUAAAGAUGAGGAUCCCAGAGAGUUUGCAAAGAUUGUGUCUUUUGGAGAGAGUCUGCCUUCUCUCCCUCCCUUGCUUUUCUCAUUCUGGUAGGCCUCUAACCAGCCCUAGUCCCUCACCUUCUGUCCGUCCUCAAUGGGGAAAAGAAAUGAAAGAAGCCUGCUUCUUGUGACUUUUUCUUUGCUUUCAUGGAGGUUGCCUCAUUUUAGUUCUCUAUGUUGGAACAUCGUCACAGUGGACAUAUGUGUGCUGCCAUCAUGCACUGGCACCAGAGUCUUUUGAGGAACCUUCCUGUUGCAAACAAAAAAGGAAACUAUCUCGCCCUCUCUCUUUCUCUCUUUUUUGUCCUCUACAUGUAUUUUUUUUUUCCUACCUUUCCUUCACUGAGCCCAGGCAAAGAGCAAGAACGGCAAUACUACUUGCGUCUGCUGCUGUGGGAGCCACUCCUAAGUGUGUGCAUGCGUGUGUCGUGGAACUCGCUUAUGCAUAUCUAGUUUUCUUCCACUGUGGAUUUUGGUUGUCUCAUCUGAUUUACUUUUUUAUAUUGUCUGCUCAUUGCGAUAGCGAGGAAAAAAAAAAUAAAAUUUCUAUCCACGA